AUGCGGUUCAUUCUUGGUGCGGCCCUGAGCCUGCUGUCUUCCACACUAGUCGUGGCCCAGACCUAUACCGAUUGCAAUCCAACACAGAAGACAGCAUGUCCCGCUGAUCCUGCAUUUGGCCAAUCUGACAAGACGUUUGAUUUCACCAGCGGCGCAUCGGAUGCUUUCAAGUCGACUGGCUCCGUCACAUAUGACCAAACAAAUGGUGCAACCUUUACUAUUGCUAAGCAGGGCGAUGGCCCGUUGAUUCAGUCCGGCUGGUACAUUAUGUUCGGCCGUGUGGAAUGCACCAUCAAGGCAGCAGCAGGGACGGGAAUCGUGAGCAGUGCAGUUCUGCAGUCCGACGAUCUGGACGAAAUUGACUGGGAGUGGCUGGGUGGUAACAACGCCCAAGUGCAGACCAAUUACUUUGGCAAAGGAGAUACAAGUUCAUUCAGCCGUGGCGCUUUCCACGACAAUUCCGGAAACCAUGACGACUUCCACACUUUCUCCAUCGACUGGACCAGCAGCCAGAUCGUGUGGUCCAUUGAUGGCAAGACCGUCCGCGUUCUCACUCCCGAGACAGCAGAAACCAACCAGUACCCACAGAGCCCGAUGAUGGUCAAGGUCGGUGUGUGGGCUGGCGGUGACCCGAACAAUGCCCAGGGCACUAUUGACUGGGCUGGUGGCCAAACAGACUAUAGCCAAGGCCCCUUCAAGAUGUAUAUGAAGUCUAUGACUGUGACUGAUUACUCUACCGGAACUUCGUACAGAUACGGUGACAAAAGUGGCUCAUGGCAGUCAAUCGUCGCAGAAGGAGGAUCGGUUAAUGGCAACAAAGCCGCUGAGCCCACGUCGACCGAGUCCGCACCUGUAAUUACUGCAACCAUCGACAGCGUCCCCGUUCCCUGGAGCGGAACCCACAAGGAAACCUCAAGCUGGGUCACCCCAAAUGUCUGGCCCUGGGUGGCGACCGGCUCUCCUUUGGCCUCGUCAACAGGAUAUGACUGGGAGUCUGGUUCUGGCCAAAACAUGCCACCAGGUGGAGGCUCAAUGAUCUACCUUCCGCUUUGUGUCAGCAGUGUUGCCUUUUUCUUCGGUUGCUUUUUCCCGCUCUGGCGUUGA